AAAAUAUUGGCGCCACCUGCGUAGCUGUUGUCUGUGCUGAAAGUGUGUAGUUGCCGUAACGUUAGCUGUUCUGGUUUAUUGUCAUUUUAACAGGUGUCUCAGAGAGUGAUGGGUUUGCUGGAGCAGUGUGAGGAUCUCUUCAAGACCUCUGAUCUAUAUAAAGUUCUGGGUGUCUGUAAGGAGGCAUCAGAUGCAGAGAUCAGACGCGGAUAUUAUAAAGUUUCUCUGCUGGUUCAUCCUGACAGAGCUCCUGAUGAUGAGUUAGCUACCACCAAGUUUCAGGUGCUGGGAAAGGUCUAUGCGGUGUUGGCUGACAGAGACCAAAGAGCGGUCUAUGAUGAACAGGGAAUUGUGGAUGAAGAGUCGGACUCGCUCAAACAAGAUCGCAGUUGGGAGGAACAUUGGAGAAGAUUGUUUCCCAAGAUUACACAGCAAGACAUCUUGGAUUUUGAGAAACAGUAUAAAGGCUCCGAUGAGGAGGUGGAAGACUUGAAGCGAUUGUACCUACAGCAUGAAGGCGACAUGGAUCUGAUCAUGGAGUCUGCCUUGUGCUGUUCCCAUGAAGAUGAACCUCGAGUACACAACAUAUUACAGAAGGCCAUUGAUGCUGAAGAGGUGCCAGCCUACAAAGCCUUCACACAGGAGAGUGUCAAGAAGAAAAACUACCGCAAAAGAAAGGCGGACAAAGAAUGUAAGGAGGCAGAGGAAAUGCAGAAGGAGAUGGGCUUGAACAGCGAGGACAGUUUAGUUGCUAUGAUAAAGCAAAGACAGAAGUCUAAAGAAAAUGGAUUUAACUCCCUCAUCUCAGAUCUGGAGGCAAAAUACUGCAAGAAGCCAGCGGGAGGAAGGAAGGGGAAGAAAAAGUGAACAAUGUUUUAGGAGAACCAAGACGACUAUUUUCACCAAACGAUAAAGAGACUUCAUUUUGUGAGUUUUUCCAGAACUGUAAAUAUUAAUAAGAGCGCACUUUUUUGUAAAAAUAGUGAUAAUUUCCUAGCUGUAAAACACCAUUUGAUGAUCCACAAGACUAAUAACAGGUAACAGAAAACAGUUGUGUGAAUUUUGCCGUGUCUGUUUUUGUUCAGACUUCAGGAUGAGUACUUUUUUGUGUUGCUGCAACUUUUCCAUAGGAGAGACUGCAUUAUAUGUUUUCAUGUUUCAGCAUUUCUUGAAAUGUAUUAUUUUUAACAGCAUUUCAUUUAAAUUUAAUAAACUGUAUAGAUCUGUA